AUGAACGCGCUUGUAGUUUUGGUAUAUAUUUUACCUUUCAUAUAUGGAGAAGAGUGGCCCCUGCACAAUAGUGCUUAUGGCUACCUCACCAGAUAUGCCAUACCACUGGGAGAAAAAAUACGCAAAGCUGAAGAAGCGUACAUAGCUAAUGGUGGAAACGCGAGGAUCGUCGGAGGAGUGCCAUCUGAUCUUGGACGACAUCCGUAUCAGGUUGGAAUCAUCUCAGAUAUUCUUGAUACAAAUAAUAUGGGAGUUUGCGGCGGGUCGCUUAUCUCUGCGAACAGGGUGCUAACAGCAGCCCAUUGCUGGUUUGAUGGUACCCACCUGGCUUGGAGAUUCACCAUAGUUUUGGGAUCCGUGUUCCUCUUCAGUGGUGGUACCAGAAUUCAAUCUAGAAACAUAGCGCUGCACCCGCUCUGGUCUCCAGAGCUUCUACGAAAUGAUAUUGGUGUUAUUUACUUACCUCAUGACAUUCAAUUUUCAGCUUAUAUCUCACCAGUUGCUUUGCCAUCAAAAGAGGAUGAGGAGGAAUCAUUUUCUGGCAUCAGAGCAAUUGCGUCUGGGUAUGGAAUAACUGCUGAUGGUCAACAAAUGACAAUCAGUCAAGAUUUAAACCACGUUCAGCUAACCGUCAUCAGGAACGAAGUCUGCGCCUAUUAUUUUCCGUCCGUGAUCCAGGACUCUCAUUUAUGUACAAGCAGUUUGGGUGGAGCUAGCAUUUGCAUUGGGGACACUGGAGGUCCACUAGUCAUUGAAAGAAACGGCCAGUCUACUUUGAUUGGAGUAGCGUCAUUUGUAUCAAAUCACGGCUGUCAAAAAGGAAUCCCCGCUUCGUUCACAAGAGUGACGUCAUACUUAGGCUUCAUCAAGGAACAUUCUUGA